GGGAACUAGACUCGCGGGCGCAGCGCAGUGCAAGCUGGGUCGGCGUAGCCAUGGCGGCUCGUGUCCUUUCCUCCUGUGUCCGCCGCCUGCCCGCGGCCUUGGCGUCGCUGCCCCGGCUUCCCACGCUGGCCGCCGCCCGGCCGCUCAGCACCACGCUGCGCCCCGCGGAGACCCAGUCGAGGCCCAGGGCCCCGGGCUCGGCGCUCGCGCAGGUGCCAGGCAGAGUCACACAGCUGUGCCGCCAGUAUAGUGACGCGCCCCCGCUGACGUUAGAGGGGAUCAAGGACCGCGUUCUUUAUGUCUUGAAACUCUAUGACAAGAUUGACCCAGAAAAGCUCUCAGUAAACUCCCAUUUCAUGAAAGACCUGGGCUUAGACAGUUUGGACCAAGUGGAGAUUAUCAUGGCCAUGGAGGACGAAUUCGGGUUUGAAAUUCCUGAUAUAGAUGCGGAGAAAUUGAUGUGUCCACAAGAAAUUGUAGAUUACAUUGCAGAUAAGAAGGAUGUAUAUGAAUAAAGUAUCAGACCCCUUUUCUUCACCAAGAAGAUAGAGGCGAGUGUCUGGCCGAGAAAACCAGUUUUGGCAUCAUUGCUGAUAUCAACAGAGCAAUUCUGUUUAAACUUGUAUUUAAAUUGUCCAAGUUUUUGUGCCCUUUGAAAAUAAAUCUAUAAAACAAUA